UCCACUGGAAUGCACUUCCACUCAUGCACAUAACAUCUGUUGACAACAUACCUGACCUCCUGAGAAAAAGGGGUACUUUUUAUUACAUCCCUGAGAGCCGCGACAAGUGGACAACAUGAAGUCCAAAUCUCUUCCAAGGUUAUUUGACAGAAAUUCAGCAUCAGGUGAGAAUACACAAGCAGCAAAAUAUCAACGCCAUGUGGACUGCGUGGAUCACCAAGAGAGUCUGCAUCAGUCUGACCACAGUGACGGUCAGCCAUUGGGCCACAACAGCAGACAAAAUGAGAAGAGCCAGAGAGAAGUUCAUUUUGCAUUUCUGCAAGAGAAGUAUGAGCCAUUGGUGGAUGAGGAGGCGCACGUCAACGCAAAAGCAGAGAAGAAGAAAAGGAAGAAAGAAAAGUACAAAAAAGUAAAGAAGAAUGUUGGAAAGGCACUGCGCUCUACCUGGAAGUGUCUAAUGCUUGGGCUGUACAAUUUUGCCCUUGGCUACUCUACUCCGAUCACAAUGGCUGCAACUUUUGUCCCCGACUUUCACCCAAGCAGAAAUACGACCUGAGCCAAACCACAAGCAGCUCCUCCGUUUUAUUUGCAAACUGUCCUGUAUAUACCAGUUCACAUGUUUAUAAUGUUUGUCUAUUUAAAAUGUGAUUUUUAUAUUGGUUUGUACAAAUUGUAUUCAGAAUAUUCUUAUGCUUCUAUAAAAUAGGCCUUUUUUAACAGUUGACAUUUUGACUUGUCAACGUAGGAAAAACAGGAAUUACCAUGACAACUCUCUCAGUCGUCAUUUAUUUCAGUAUUUACGUUGACAUGAUCUUGAUCUUAUUAGUCCUACUGUUGGUCAUAAUAUACCUUAAGGCAAACUUUUUAAUCAGAUUUGCAGAAAUGUACAAUUAAGAUCGUAGAAUUAGAGACGCAGUCUUUGAAAUCGCUUUUUGCAUGAACUUAUUGCACUUUUUAUGUAUGUAACACCUCAAGCCUAAAUCACAUAUUUCUCAUGUAACCUGUGCACUUUUUUUACUUGGAGAAUGUCUUUUUAUCAAGAAUCUAGCUGGUGUUUGCAUGUGUGCAGAGGGAAAAUGGGGGAAUGUGCACCUGCUGCAGGAAUGACAGGAAAGUUUACUGUAGCUGCAGAUAAAGUGAAUCAGGGCAGAUACCCCCUUACAGGCAAGAAAGACAUCAUGAUUUGAAAAGAUGAGUAGAUUAAGGCUGAAAGGAUGUAGGCAUGGUGAGUAACAAAACAGGAAACCCCCUCCUCUCAGAGUGGAGCAACUGGACCACUGAUCUCAAAAGUAUUUUUCAAUUCUCAAACUGUCUAAGCAAUAAUUUGACAACCGACUACUGAUGACUGGAGGUGAUGGGGAUUGGGGGUUUAGAUUUCUGUGGAGUCCGAGUAUAUGAUGAUUUUCAGAAUGGAAUAUGCAGCUAGUCCAAAACACUUUAGCAUUUCUACAGGUGUGAGUUUGUCCAGUUUUGAAUGUCAUUCAAGUCACAAUAUUUAUAAGUUGGUGCAUGAUAACAUGUCAAUACACUGUUUAACAAACUCUAAUCAUGUAUUAAUGGUGGACAAAGGAGUGUGCUAAAGCAAUACAGUCUUGAAAUAAAGCCUUUAAAGUGCUAAAAAGAC